CUGGCAACCACGGCACACCAAUCCCAUCUGAGCUUCAAGCUUCUAGUCGUCAAACUUUAUGGGAUAAGUCAAGGCCUUCUUUAAAUAGUGGGACGACCAAGCAGUUGUUCCAUUUUGACUGGCAAUCAUGGCAAACCAGGUUCAUCUCAGCUUCAUGCUGCUCGUCGUACUUUAUGGAGUUCUUCAAGAUCUGCAGGGUCACGGUUGUGCUGCCGAGAAUCGAGAAGAGUGCAGUUUCGAACCUCAGGAGAUCGGCAGCUACUCAAACGAGGAUGUCACACUUACUAAUCCCAAUAUCUACUGGCAGAAAGUAUCUUGCGAUAGCAGUGAUUUUAACAUUGAGAACUAUACUCUGAGGAUAGCGAAACCUGGGACUGACGAUAACUUCGAAGACCUAGUGAAAGUCGAGGGUGCCACCAGUGUUAAUCUCACAUUGUCUCCCUGCACGAGCUACUCGUUUAAAGUUGCUGCUGAACUACGUAAUAGAACUGGGCCUUACAGUUUUGAACUCUUCUUUGCGACUUCACCAAAGGGCCCGGAUGCUGUUGCCAAUCUAACCAACCAGAUCGAGUCUGAUAAUCUGACGAUGUCAUGGACUGCCCCUGGUACCAAUCCGGCCAAUCCAUGCAAUGCUACUGGCUACCUGUUGACCUAUGAACUUAUCAAACCCGAUGAGCACAGUCAUGGUCAAAACGACUUUGAGUUAGCAAGGUCAUUAAAUACAAACGACACUGCAAUAACAAUCGAUGGACUGAAGGAGAAUUCUACGUACAGGGUAAAUGUAACAUCAACCAAUUCAGCUGGGGUUGGUGGAGUUGUCUCUGUCAUUGUGACUAUUGGAAACAAAGCUGGUCCUGUGAACAACAUCGAAGCAAACGCAACUGAUUCAAGUCUAACGUUUUUCUGGGAUCCUGUCUCAGAUGCUUCGAGAUAUCAGUACAACUUUAAACGAGAUGAUGGAAACGAAAUGAGCACGAACUUCACCCCCUAUACCAAUAUUUCGUUCUUGGGUUUAUCACCGUGCACCUCCUACUCAUUCAGUGUAAAGGCAUUCACUUCUAAAACUGUUAGUUCGACGUGGACGAAAAUGAUCAACCAACGUACAUCUAAAAUUGCACCAGGGAGUGUGACUAUGCUACAAGCGGUCCAUUUAUCAGCCACUAAAAUAAACAUUACAUGGCAACUACAAAAUGACACCAACCGCUGUGCUGAUGAUUACGCAAUAGGCAUUGAACUCUUAAACUUGGAUCAGUGUAAUGAAACAUCCAAACUUACUCAAGAGGAAACGGAGAUGUCACCAACAACGAUCACCGAGCUAUAUCCACAUUCUACUUACCGGUUUCACGUUCGAGCCAGCAACGAUUUGGGGUUAGCAAAUGAAACAUCGAUUGAGGUCACUACAUCCGGUUCAGAACCAAGUGGUCCACCCAUUGAUCUGAAAGCUACCUCUGCUACAAACAACACCGUGACUUUCUCAUGGAACCAACCACCUUGCGGACAGCGCAACGGCAACGUAACGACUUAUCAAUUAAGUAUCGUUAAUACUGCAGACGGUAGCGUAUCGACACGGAACAUCUCUCGUACAACCGAGACGUUUACAGGCCUCGUACCAUUCACGGAUUAUAACCUGUCAGUAUCUGCAGUGAACCAGUUCGGUUCUGGUCCAUUUGCUUCAGCUGUGAAUAGAACACUUGAAGGAAAGCCGAGUAAACCCGUCUCUCUUGUUGCAAGUCACGUUGGUCAAAAACGAAUCACGUUGCAAUGGAAUGAACCGCAGUUUCCGAACGGACGGAUCCAGAACUAUACUAUUGAGCAUCGUGUACUGGCAAGACCAUACGACACCACCUUCAAGUUUGACCUCUACUCAGCCUUCACAGUCCAAGGAGUGGUUGACCUGUCCUCCCUUGAAGCAGUUAUUGCUGAUCUAGAACCCUCGACACAAUACGAGCUGCACAUUUGGGCAGUUAAUCACGCCGGCAUCGAGGGACAAAAGGAAAGAUUGGACGUUUACACUAAAACGGCAACAGCUGGUCCUGUGAACAACAUCGGAGCAAACGCAACUGAUUCAAGUCUAACGUUUUUCUGGGAUCCUGUCUCAUAUGCUUCGAGAUAUCAGUACAACUUUAAACGAGAUGAUGGAAACGUAAUGAGCACGAACUUCACCCCCUAUACCAAUAUUUCGUUCUUGGGUUUAUCACCGUGCACCUCCUACUCAUUCAGUGUAAAAGCAUUUACUUCUAAAACCGUUAGUUCGAUGUGGACGGAAAUGAUCAACCAACGUACAUCUAAAAUUGCACCAGGGAGUGUGACUAUGCUACAAGCGGUCCAUUUAUCAGCCACUAAAAUAAACAUUACAUGGCAACUACCAAAUGACACCAACCGCUGUGCUAAUGAUUACGCAAUAGACAUUGAACUCUUAAACUUGGAUCAGUGUAAUGAAACAUCCAAACUUACUCAAAAGGAAACGGAAAUGUCACCAACAACAAUCACCGAGCUAUAUCCACAUUCUACUUACCGGUUUCACGUUCGAGCAAGCAACGAUUUGGGGUUAGCAAACGAAACUUCAAUUGAGGUCACUACAUCCGGUUCAGAACCAAGUGGUCCACCCAUUGAUCUGAAAGCUACCUCUGUUACAAACAACACCAUGACAUUCUCAUGGAACCAACCACCUUGCGGACAGCGCAACGGCAACGUAACGACUUAUCAAUUAAGUAUCGUUAAUACUGCAGACGGUAGCGUAUCGACACGGAACAUCUCUUGUACAACUGAGACGUUUACAGGCCUCGUACCAUUCACGGAUUAUAACCUGUCAGUAUCUGCAGUGAAUCAGUUCGGUUCUGGUCCAUUUGCUUCAGCUGUGAAUAGGACACUCGAAGGAAAGCCGAGUAAACCCGUCUCUCUUGUUGCAAGUCAUGUUGGUCAAAAACGAAUCACGUUGCAAUGGAAUGAACCGCAGUUUCCGUACGGACGGAUCCAGAACUAUACUAUUGAGCAUCGUGUACUGGCAAGACCAUACGACACCACCUUCAAGUUUGACCUCUACUCAGCCUUCACAGUCCAAGAAGUGGUUGACCUGUCCUCCCUUGAAGCAGUUAUUGCUGAUCUAGAACCCUCGACACAAUACGAGCUGCACAUUUGGGCAGUUAAUCACGCCGGCAUCGAGGGACAAAAGGAAAGAUUAGACGUUUACACUAAAAUGGCAACAGAUUUUCCAGCACCGCAGAAGCCGACUCUCAUAGCGGAAGAGUCAACCGUUUCAUCAAUAGCCAUUGGUCUGCUCAGCAAGAGUUCGUCCAUAUAUGUCAGCCAUUACCAGAUUGGUGUAAGGAAAAUCAAAGACACUCGGGCUUCUACGGGCAAAGUUGUCAAACGAGCUGUGCCUGAAUUUCGGCACCAUGACGAGAAUCCCUCUGCUUACGUUGCUGCUGAAUUACCUGGAAGACUCCCAGGAAAGUUUGUCGUUGGUGACAACAAAACCUACGGCAGGUACUGGAACCCACCUCUGCAAGAGGGCGCUGUGUACGAGAUCUACGUCGGUGGUGUCAGCAGAAUAAAUGAAACGAUGGCAAAUGUAGAAUGGAAUUCUGACCCGUUAGUGGUUCAAGUUGACGGAGAUUAUUCUGAUUAUAUUGAGCCCGGCAGCAGUGUCCUGGUGGUCGGCAUCAUCUUCAGCAUGUCAUUUCUGAUUGUUCUUAUCUUGCUGGUUCUUUUGUUAACGAAGAAACGGCGAACAGCAAGAACUAAGAGCCAAGAAGCGGAAACGAAGUCAGAUUUGACGUCCAAUAUCCAAGUCGAACUUCAAGUUCGUCCUUCGACGCAUCAGGUUAAAACACCAGCAGAGUCGUCCACAAGAUCCAAUGAUGACACUGUCGGUGAGGAUGAGGUGAAGUCAACCUCACAAUCCGCAACAGUUAUGGCACAAACUACCUAUGUUUUGUCAGAGGAGACAUCUAAGCCUGGUCCAUCUGCGAGUCCUAAACACAACCAAAAGAAGCCAAAACUCAAAUCUAAAAAUGCCAAGGCGGCUUCGGUGUCUCGCACGGAACCAGUUGCAAUGGCGGAGUUGACGAGGUUCAUUAAGACCAGGAAGUCUGGAAAGAUCAAUGGAUUUCAGCAAGAUUUCGAGACGCUUCCUGUAAUGCCUACCCAUCCCCAUGCAACUGCAUUGAUCCAUGAGAACAAAGUAAAGAACAGAUACACCAAUAUCCCUGCCUACGAUCACUCACGAGUUCUGUUGGAGACUAUUGAAGGACUGCCACAUUCGGAUUACAUCAAUGCAAGUUAUAUCGAUGGAUACAAACAUGAGGCAAAAUACAUCGCUUGCCAAGGUCCGAAUCAGACAUCUGUGAAUGACAUGUGGCGUAUGAUCUGGCAGGAGCAAGUGGGGAAAAUUGUCAUGCUCACCAACUUAGUAGAGAAGGGAAAGGAAAAGUGUGUCCAGUACUGGCCGGAUGAGGGCUCUUGCGAUUAUGGAGAGAUUUUCGUCCGCCACGUGAGCGAAGAGAAGACUUUGAACUUCGUUAUCAGGACUUUCAACGUGGCAAAGAGCAGCGAGCCCGAGGGCGAGUACCGUGAGGUUCUGCAGUAUCAUUACAUCACAUGGCCCGAUAUGAAGCCACCUGAGUCUUCAUCACUUCUAGAGUUUGUCAGACGACUUCAAGCUACUCAAGUGACCUCAAAAGGUCCUAUAGUUGUUCACUGCAGUGCUGGAGUUGGUCGUACAGGGACGUAUAUUGCCCUGGACGCCAUGUUGGAACAGGCCCGGGCUGAAGGACAGGUUGAUGUACUCAACUUUGUUCGCGAGAUGAGAGACAAGCGCUACUUGAUGGUGCAGACAAUAGACCAAUUUAAGUUUAUCUACGAGGCUUUAUUGGAGUCCAGUCUGUCCGAGAACACCGCCAUCUCAGUGGAUCGAUUCCAGCAAGAUCUUACCAAGCUAAAAAAGCGUGAUAAGAAAACCGGAACUGACGGCAUCAAGGACCAAUUUAAAAUGCUGGAAACUUUCACUGCAUCAAUGAGUGACGACCAAUGCUGUGGUGGGAGGCAGCCUGACAACGCAGACAAGAACAGAUUUGAGGAUUGCAUUCCAAGGGACAGCACCAGGCCAUAUCUCAUGACAGACGGCGGAGAAGGUAGCACAAAUUACAUCAAUGCUGCUUUUCUAGAUGGUUUUAGUGGAAAACAUUCGUACCUUGCCACCCAAGCCCCCCUACCGACUACAAUCGGUGACAUCUGGCGAAUGGUGUUUGACUACAAAUCGCCUUGCAUCGUUUUGCUCAACUCCAUGGACAACGACCUGAGCAUCCCACAGUACUGGCCGGAGGAGGGCAGCAUGAGCUUUGGACCACUGACUGUCGAGUUACUGAGUGUGGAUCAACUCGACGAGGACAUGGUCGUGCGACAAUUCGGCAUCGUAAACACCGUCAGAAAUAAGGACGAUAUGCAGACUGUUUGUCACAUCCAAUUCCUGCAAUGGCCAUCAGGGAAAGAUGUCCCCAACUCCCCUUCAAGCCUCCUCAAGGUGUUGGAGACUGUCAAGACGUGGAGAAAAGGGCAUCCUGAUGGACCACUCACUGUGCAAUGCAUUGACGGGGAAGGUUGCAGUGGAACAUUCUGCACCCUGGUCACGCUCUUAGAUCGACUAGAGCAGGAUGGGGUCAUAGACGUCUUCCAGGCAGUUAAGAAACUCCGCUCAACUCGAGCUGGAAUGGUCAAAACAUUGGCUCAGUACCAACUGUGUUACCAGGUGAUGACGUGGUAUCUGGAAUCAGCUUCGGGUUCGUCAAUCUAUGAGAACUUACGUCGUUAAGAUGUUUUUCAAGUCACUGGACACUAUUGGUGUGUUUGCUGUAGACGAUUUUACCUGCGUAACUAAGCCACGAGUCCCACUUGAUGCGGAGGAUACCUUCAUCGCUGG